AUGGCUCCGCCUUCGGUCGCCGUUAAGCCACCACGACAGGGAAGCGGUGAGAAAGGGCUGCGCGACAAGGAGAAGGCCGCCGCCAAAACGGCCCCAGGCGGGUCCGCGAAAGCUGGCCAGGGGCCAAAGACAGGGGUUGCAGAGGCGUCAGCGGUUCCUCACCAGUCUCCCGCGGGUGCAUGCCAUCCGACCGGACCGUCUGCGGGGCGACCUGCCCACGUCCCGCGCCAUGCCGACGUACCGUCUGCCGACAAGCCCCCCCCUGCUGUCGACGUCCCAUCGGCCAGUAUGCCACGUGUAGUGCCGGUCGUCGCCGCCCGUACUCCUGCAGACCCAAAGUCUGCGUUGCUGCGCGCCCAGCUGGGCGCACUAGCGUCGACUGCGAGGACUCAGCAGGCUUCUGGCUCUGGCGCUAAGCCGUUGUCGGCGAAUGUCGCACCACCCACCCAUGUGGCAGCUGAUGUGGAGAAGGUGGCGGAGAAGGGCGUUCGUGCCGCGCUUGCCACCGGCGGCGGCGCCGUUGAGGAGGUCCCCGCAGACGCUGAUAUCGCUGCCAUACAAGCCCAUCUGGAAGCGGCCAAUCCCCGAACCCUGGCCAUCUCCGACACGACACAUGUGGAGCCUUCGGCGGGACUCGUCGGCAUCACGGCAGAGCCUAGUGCGACCGGUGAUGCGGUCGGUGAAGGAAAGUCGAAACGGAAGGGGAAGGCGGGCUCACAGAGGAUGACGCAGGAGAAGUCGGAGGUGAAGGCAGCGGAUAAACAGAAGGGGAUGGCGGCGGAGACGGCGGCGGACAAAGAUGGAGGCGGCAUUGCGGAGGUUGAAGGGAAAGAGGAGAAUCAGGAUAAGUCGCCCGGCGAGGGUACGUCGACGGGGAGGAAGGGGAAGGACAAGUCGGUCGGAGAAGAAGAGGAGGAGGAGGAGGAGGAGGAGGAGGAGGAGGAGGAGGAGGAGGAGGAGGAGGAGGAGGAGGAGGGGAAGGUCAAGGAGAGGAGGGGUCAUGGCAUCCGACACGAUACCUCGGGCGACAAGCAAGGGUGGGUCGGCGAGAUUAAGGUGCACGGCAUCAAUCGAUACAUCGGCGGCAAGUCGCGGGACAAGAUGGAGCUCGCGUACGUUCACUCCAUCGCGUACGUCGUCUACGACGAUUUCGUGAGCAAGGUGCUCAUGACCGAGCUCACCGGCUUGGACAGCGCCGAAUUGGAGAGGUGGAAGGAGGUGCUGACUGAGAUCCUCGACGCGUAUCGCCAUUACAAGUCCACAGGCGAUGGUCUCCACGCCGCGCUCCUGCCAGCGAUAUGGUACCCAGUCGAUGCUAGCACCGAGGAAGGCCGGGAGAAGUCGGCGUCCAUGAUGUCGGCGAUGAUAGGCCGCGUGUCAAUGUGCGAUGCGUAUGGGAAGACCGCUGCGGCAGCGGCGAAGAAGGAGGGAGACAAGGAGGAGAAGACGGAUAUGGCGGCAUGGGCGUUAGCAGCAUCCGCAUGCGCUGUGUGGUGCUUCGUCGAGAGCGGCGAUGCCCAGCUGGCGGAUGCUGUGGAAGAAGGGAAGUCGGCGGCGAUCAUCGGCGGAGCGAGCCAGGCGACCGCCGAUGUAUUCGGAAAAGUCAUGGAGGCGGUGCUGAACGCCGAGAUGAAUAGGGACCGCCCCCUGGGAGAGGUUGCUUACAACGUCGCGCCAGCACUCCAGAGGACCGCCCUGCCGAUUGACGUGCAGAUGAAGGCCGAUCUUGACAACAGGGGGAGGAAGGGUCUGAGGGGCAAGAAGGGGACGAAGGCCAAGGGCGGCACGGGGAAGAAGGGCAAGAAGGUGAAGAAGGACAGCACGACGGCCUCGUCGAUGGCUUGCUAG